AUGCCCCACGUUAUGUGGAGGACCCUGCAAUGGGUUACUUUGCUUCUCGGAGAUCAACUGUGGACUAAUUUGCUUGGUGAAUCCAAUGAUCCGGGAGUAUUUCAAACUCCCUACUACAAGCAACUCUUUCGAGUGGAUGAGUUGGGUUUUGGUUUUGAUCAAACUUGUAAUGAUUACAAGGUCACCAAGCUGUGGGGAAGUCGCAUUAUAAUUCAGUAUUAUGAAGAAGAAGACCAUGACUUCAACGAUCUCAUAUCCAUCAAUGGUGCAGGUUCAGGAGUAUUUUAUAAUGGUUUCUUUCAUUGGUUUGAAGGCAAUAAUGUAACAGGGCUACUUAUUUUGAGGUGUGGGUGA